AUGACCGUCGGCGAGACAAAAGAGCUGCGAGGCUUGAACCUCAUCGCGGCGCAUUCGCAUAUCAGAGGCCUAGGCGUAGAUGCCGACACGUUAGAACCUCGCUCGGCGUCGCAAGGCCUCGUCGGCCAGGAAAAGGCGCGAAAGGCGGCGGCUGUCAUACUAGAGAUGAUUAAAGUAGGGAAGAUUGCCGGAAGGGCGGUUCUCAUUGCCGGACCUCCAAGCACGGGUAAGACAGCCAUCGCAAUGGGCAUGGCGCAAUCGCUCGGCCCGGACGUACCCUUCACAUCGCUCGCCUCGUCCGAGAUCUUCUCGCUCGAGAUGUCCAAGACGGAAGCCCUAACGCAAGCCUUCCGCAAGUCGAUCGGCGUGCGCAUCAAGGAAGAAUCUGAGAUCAUGGAGGGCGAGGUCGUCGAGAUCCAGAUCGACCGCAGCGUGACGGGCGGCGCCAAGCAGGGCAAGCUCACCAUCAAGACGACCGACAUGGAGGCCGUCUACGACAUGGGCGCCAAGAUGAUCGACGCCAUGACCAAGGAGCGCGUCAUGGCCGGCGACAUCAUCUCCAUCGAUAAGGGCUCCGGCAAGAUCACCAAGCUAGGCCGCAGCUACGCCCGCAGCCGUGACUACGAUGCCAUGGGUGCCGACACAAAGUUCCUGCAGUGCCCGGACGGCGAGCUGCAGAAGCGCAAGGAGGUCGUGCACACCGUUACCCUUCACGAGAUUGACGUUAUCAACUCCCGCACCCAGGGCUUCCUAGCCCUGUUCAGCGGCGACACGGGCGAGAUCCGCAGCGAGAUCCGCGACCAGAUCGACACCAAGGUAGGCGAGUGGAAGGAAGAAGGCAAAGCCGAGAUUGUACCUGGCGUGCUCUUCAUCGACGAGGUACACAUGCUCGACAUCGAGUGCUUCAGCUACAUCAACCGCGCGCUCGAGGUCGAUCUCGCCCCCAUCGUCAUCAUGGCCAGCAACCGCGGACACUCCAAGAUCCGCGGUACAGAUUACCGCAGCCCCCACGGUCUACCCCUCGACUUCCUCGACCGUGUCGUUAUCAUCCAGACGCAGACCUACUCGCCCGACGAGAUCCGCCAGAUCCUCGGCCUCCGCGCCACCGAGGAGGAAGUCGACGUAUCAGCCGAUGCCCUAGCCUUACUAACAAAGAUCGGCCAAGAAGCCGGGCUCCGGUACGCCAGCAAUCUAAUCACAACCUCGCAACUAGUCAGCGCCAAGCGCAGAGCCAAGCAAGUAUCCGUCGAAGACGUCCAGCGCAGCUUCAAGCUCUUUUACGAUCCCGCCCGCAGCGUCGGGUUCGUAAACCAGUCAGAGAAGCGGUUAAUCGGCGAAAGCGGCGCCGUCGACUUGACAGUAGCCAAUGGGCACGCCGGUGGUGACGCUAUGGAGAUCAGCUGA